CUCAGCGGCCGGCCGCAGCAGUGCUACCCUCCACCUCUGUGGACACCGCACCUGGGCCCGCUCUCUCCGCCUCGCUGCAGUCAUGGCUGCUGAUGGCGUGGACGAACGCUCGCCGCUGCUAUCUGCAGCCCACUCGGGAAAUGUCACUCCUACUGCCCCACCGUACUUGCAAGAAAGCAGCCCCAGAGCAGAACUCCCACCUCCAUAUACAGCCAUCGCAAGCCCAGAUGCCAGUGGUAUUCCCGUAAUCAACUGCCGUGUGUGCCAGUCUCUAAUCAAUUUGGAUGGCAAACUUCACCAACAUGUGGUUAAAUGCACAGUUUGUAAUGAAGCUACGCCAAUCAAAAACCCCCCAACAGGGAAGAAAUAUGUUAGAUGCCCCUGUAAUUGUCUCCUCAUUUGUAAAGACACAUCUCGGCGAAUAGGAUGUCCGAGACCCAACUGUAGACGCAUAAUUAACCUUGGUCCGGUAAUGCUUAUUUCUGAAGAACAACCAGCUCAACCUGCAUUGCCAGUCCAACCAGAAGGUACAAGGGUUGUGUGUGGGCACUGUGGCAACACAUUCCUGUGGAUGGAAUUAAGGUUCAACACUCUGGCGAAAUGCCCACACUGCAAAAAAAUCUCUUCAGUGGGCAGUGCACUUCCCAGGAGGCGCUGUUGUGCGUACAUUACCAUUGGAAUGAUAAGUAUUUUCAUUGGAGUUGGAUUAACUGUUGGCACCCAAGAUUUUGCAAGGCAAUUUCGUGCAACCUACAUUUCUUGGGCCAUUGCUUAUUUCUUGGGUUUGAUCUGCCUUAUUCGAGCUUGUUACUGGGGAGCCAUAAGAGUCAGUUAUCCAGAACACAGUUUUGCAUAAACGUAUGAUUCAGUGGUACAGUGUCUAGCAGUUCUUGAUAGGCUACUCUGGACAUCUUUAAAUCAUUUAUUCUAAUGGAUUCAAUUCUGGUUUAUGUAUAAUAAGUUUUAAGACUUUGGGAGUCUUUUUCAAAUAAAUGUCAUUGCACUACAUUAUGUGCAAAGUUUUUUUGCUGCUGGAUAUUCAAACUCAGAAAAAAAAAGCUGUGUUUGUAUGUCCUUUUAAAGCAAAGAUAUUUUGGAUCUGUCUCCAAACCUUCCAUAUUAUAUCACAUUUGUUUUAUUUAGUUAUUUCAUUAAUGUUAUUUCAUAUUGCUGAUCUGUGAGUGUUCCCUAUAAGUGUUUAUAAAUGUUUCAGCUAUAGUUUCACAUUUAUAGUUAAAUUUUAAUGACACUACCAAAAUUGCUUGCUUUAUAAUCUAAGCAAUAUUCAUUUUUGCUUGAACUGCUUAUAGAUAUUUUAACCUAACAUAAUAGUGACCUUAAUUCAGGAAAAAAAAUUUGAGUGUACUUACAAAAACUUGAGACGUUCUUGACAGAGAAACAUUUCUAGAUACUGUAUGCCUGUUUUGUGUUGUUUGUAGAAAGAUACAAUAUUUUGAUAGUAAUUUGAAAUAUGAAAAUGAUAUUUAUUUGUCCACCGUUGGAGAUGUUGGAUAAAUAUCUUUUCACAAUAAUCACAAUAGUUUUGGUCUUUCAUUUCUGUCUUUUCAUUUGUCAAUUAUAAUAAAUCUGGUCUGGAUUUAUGGAAUGUAAUGUUAAUCAGCUGUAUGUAUUCCUUUAUAGAGACCAGAGAAAGGAUUUCACAGAACAUAUUUUUACUUGAACAUUUCAUCAGAGAUAUAUUUACAUCUGAUUAUGUUCCUUUUCAUUAUUAGAUCAUGGUAAAUUUUUCUUAUUUGGAUAAUUAUGUGCCACUUAUAUCUGAAAGAAGCCUAUGAUAUUUGCACUUGUUAAGAUAAUAAAAUUAGAGGUACUCUUACCAUUUUUCUUAAAUAUAACUGGUCAGAUAAUUAUCCAAUUUAAGAAAACAGAUCAGAGAUAAAUAGCAACAUAGUUUUCUAAAAAUAUGCUAGCAUUUAUGGAAUCAGCUUUCACUGCCCAUCUUUGCAGUUUUGAAAAGAAAUUGCUUAAUUGAAAAAUAAUGUUCUAAAGUCUUUCAUGUAGUUGAAUUAGGUGAGAUGAUCUGAACAAAUUAAUUGGUAAUUUCAAGGAUAUGACUAAUCUUUUAAAUUAUUUAUGUUCCUGACUAAUAUAUAAAAAUGUACUUACCAGAGAGUUUGAAACAAAAUACAUGUAAACUUCAAAGAGUAAAUGAUACAUGUAUCAAUGGAGUAGCUCAGGAUUAUAUGUAUCUUGGAAAAUACACUAAUAAAGAUUACUAUCCAAAAAUUACUUUGUUCUAUUCCAUUAAAAAAUAAGAUGUCAUUUCCAAAACUGUCUCACUUUAGUUUUCAUGUUUAAGAAGGUAUAUAAUAAAU